AUGACCGUCGUCACUCUUCCCGAACCUUUUGCGAGCAUUCCCCGAGAGAACUUCCUCUUCGGCGCUUCUCCCCUUCAACCACUCCCCAGAAUAUCCGCUGCUCUAGGCGGAAAGGUCAACGUCUACGCAAAGCGAGAAGACUGCAACUCCGGUCUCGCCUACGGCGGUAACAAAGUCCGAAAGCUAGAGUAUCUUGCAGCUGAAGCUCAAGCCCAAGGCGCUGAUACCCUCGUCUCAAUCGGCGGCGUCCAAUCCAACCACACCCGCGCCGUCACAGCCGUCGCAACAAGCCUAGGCCUUAAAGCCGCUACCGUCCAAGAACACUGGGUGGACUGGGAAGACCCUGGUUAUGAAAAGGUCGGCAACAUUCAGCUCUCGAGACUCAUGGGCGGUGAUGUCAGACUGGAUCCUUCGACGUUCGGCAUCGAGCACAAGACUACCCUCGCCAAGCUCACCGAUGAGUUGAAGAGCAGUGGCCGUAAACCAUACUACAUUCCUGCCGGUGCUUCAGACCAUCCCCUCGGUGGUCUUGGUUUCGCACGAUGGGCAUUCGAAGUUGAAGCUCAAGAAAAAGAACUCGGUAUUUUCUUCGAUACAAUUAUUGUAUGCGCUGUUACAGGAUCUACUUUCGCAGGUAUGAUCGCCGGCUUCAAACUCGCCCAAAAGAACGGUUCUCCCGCGCGUAAAAUCAUCGGCAUCGACGCCUCAGGAAAAGUCCAACAAACAUUCGACCAAGUCCUACGCAUCGCCAAAUCCACAGCGUCAAAGAUCGGUCUCAGCGAGGACGACAUCACGGCCGACGAUGUCAUCCUCAACCCUGACUACAAUGCCAAGAUCUAUGGAAUUCCUGACGAGACGACGCUCGAGGCGAUGAGAUUUGGAGCUGCGACGGAGGCGUUUAUCACGGAUCCUGUGUACGAGGGUAAGAGUUUGGCGGGCAUGAUGGAUUUGAUCAAGACGGGCAAGAUCAGUGGUGGGAAUGUGCUUUAUGCGCACUUGGGUGGACAGUUGGCUUUGAAUGCUUAUUCCAGUCUUUAG